UAAAAUAUAAAGUAGCAAGAAAGAAAAAAGAAAAAGUCAGGGGAGGUCCAAAUUACUGUCAUAAAACAUAAAUUACCACCAGAUCUCUGUCUUCCCAUCUUCCUCAGAUCAAUUUCUAAUUUCCAAAAAUGUCUGCAUCGGAUGAUCAACAACCCGAAUUACAAAACGGCCAUACCGUACCCGAACCCGCUACCCACUCAACUGAUAUAGCUCCGAAUCAGGAUCCAGAUCCGAAACCCGAAGAACAACAACAAGUAUCCGAAACUGAAACUCCUAGUACUAACAUCGAAUCAUCAACCGAUAAUAAUAAUAAUAAUAAUAAUAAUAAAGAUGUGGAGCAGCAGCAGCAGCAGGAAGGAGGAAAUCGAACUUUCACAAUGAGAGAAUUAUUAGAUGAGUUGAAAAAUGGCGGAGAUUCUGAAUCUGUUGUUACUCCUACUUCCACUGCUGUUACUACUCCUCUUCACAGUCAAGAGAACACACAACAUGCAGAAAAAAGCAGUGCUGCAAUGGAUCUGAUCAACAGUAUCACUGGUUCUGAUGAGGAAGGUCGGUCAAGGCAAAAGAUUCUUACAUUUGCAGCAAAAAGGUAUGCAAGUGCAAUAGAGAGCAAUCCAAAUGAUUAUGAUGCUCUUUAUAACUGGGCACUGGUUCUUCAGGAAAGUGCAGAUAAUGUUAACUCGGAUACCAGCUCACCAUCUAAAGAUGCUCUGCUUGAAGAGGCUUGCAAAAAGUAUGAUGAGGCUACCCGUUUAAAUCCUUCUCUUCAUGAUGCUUAUUAUAACUGGGCUAUUGCUAUUUCUGAUCGGGCCAAAAUGCGUGGGCGUACAAAGGAGGCUGAAGAACUAUGGAAGCAGGCAACAAAUAAUUAUGAAAAGGCUGUUCAGUUGAAUUGGAACAGUCCCCAGGCUCUUAACAACUGGGGUCUUGCUUUACAGGAACUGAGUGCAAUUGUUCCUGCAAGAGAAAAGCAGACAAUAGUAAAAAGCGCGAUCAGUAAGUUUCGUGCAGCGAUACAGUUGCAAUUUGAUUUUCAUAGGGCCAUAUACAACCUCGGCACUGUUUUGUAUGGGUUAGCAGAAGACACAUCAAGAACUGGAGGGACAAUGGGAGGACAUGAUGUUUCUCCCGAUGAAUUAUAUAGUCAGGCAGCUAUUUACAUUGCUGCUGCUCAUGCAUUAAAGCCAAGUUACUCCGUUUACACUAGUGCCUUGAAGCUUGUGAGAUCCAUGCUCCCUCUACCUUACUUAAAGGUUGGAUAUCUUACCGCACCACCAGUGGGAAAUCCAAUUGCUCCACAUGGUGACUGGAAGCGCACCCAGUUUGUUUUAAAUCACGAGGGGCUUCAACAGUUCCACAAUGACGAGCAGAGAUACAUGGGUUCGGGAGAUAAAACAAGUAAUGGGAGACCAGCUAUAAAAAUUGAUAUAACAGAUAUUGUCUCGGUAUCAGCAUGCGCAGAUCUGACUUUGCCUCCCGGUCCUUCUAUCUGCAUUGAUACAAUUCAUGGACCGACUUUUUUGAUUGCGGACUCAUGGGAAUAUCUGGAUACGUGGCUUGAUGCUAUUCGACUAGUUUACACUAUUUUUGCACGAGGUAAGAGCGAUGUAUUAGCAGGCAUAAUUACCGGAUAGUAUUCGUGUCUGUAAUAUGUUUGGUUCAGAGCUGCCCUUUUUCAAAAGGUGUGGAAUGACUACUUGUAGAUGUUAGGAGUUGAGGCUUCUUUUAAUAUUUUUGUAUAUUGUUAUUUUAUCAUUAUAGCACAAGGAUAAAAACUCUCAGAUAUAAUUUUUGUACUUCAUUUGCUUUUUUGAACUUAUUUCAUUAUUUUAUAUAUUCAUAUUUGAGCUUA